GCACGCAGGGGUAGCGCCAGCAGUGAGGUCGAUGCGGAAACGCAAGAAGAGCGCAGCUAUCAGGGUUAGAGAUGGAGGUGGGGGGGGGGCUACAACAACGAGCAGAUGAUUGGCUGGCGACAUUGGAGCAGGGAUGCAGGCAGUUACAGGUGAUGGUGGGGGAGCUGUCUUUGCGGUCGAAUGAGGAGCCAGAAGACGAAGGGGGAGCAAUCUCUCUGGCUGUUUGGUUGAAGAAUAUGGCCGACGACAUGCUGGAUAUCAUCUGGGGGCUGGAGGAGGAGGCGGAUCCCCAGCUGGAAGCCUGCAUCGAUUGGAAGAGGGCAGAGUCCAUGAUGUCUACCUGUUAUGCCCUCUUCGCUGAGGGUCGCAACCUGCGCUAUAAGCUUGAAGACCGGUUGAAGGGCGAAGACGACCUGGAGGGUGAGGACUGGCAGGAGGAUGGAGCGCAGGAAGACGAGGUUAACUCCAGCGUCAGCAUCAACAACAACAACAUCAACGACAACAACAACAUCAACAACAACAACGACUACAACAACAACAACAACGUCAACAACAACGGUUACAGCAACAACAACAAUGAUGACAACAUCAACAUCAAUAACAAAACCGUCAACAACAACACCUACAACGGAAGCAAUGAACAUGGCAGAAGCGGGGUGGAGAACGGUGCCCGUGCAUAUCUGAUCAUUGUCAGCAAGAUGGGAGAGAUGCCGCACGUGGAUGCGGUGGAAUUCGGGCCUGACAACAACAAUGGCGAGGGCGGCAACGACGAUGAUGGCGGCGGGGAUCGCCAUGACAAGAGUAACAACAACAACAACAAUAACAACGUCGACAACAACAACAACAGUGGUGAUGGCGGCAGCGAUGAUUACGGCGCCAGCGAUGACCUCGGCAGCAGCAGGGCAGAGAGCAUCAGCAUGACGGGAGAGAUGCUGCAUGCUGACAUGGAGGGGAGUGGGCUUGACACGGAUAAGAGGUUUGCCAGCUCCCCCCCCCUCCCCCCUUUCAACCUCGUUGGUUGGCUGAAGGUAGGAGUGGGAUAGUCAUUGUUGGGAGUGGGAUAGUCGCUGUUGUUUGGUGUUGUCCGGCCCACAAUAUC